AUGUCGGUUCAGAUGACGAGAUAUAAGCAGGCGCAGUUCGCGGACGAGGAUAGUAGUAGCAUCGGCUCGAUACAGAUCAAUGAGACGACGCGCAGCCCUACGAUGCACAUCCGCUAUCAUGCCGCACGGGGCACCUCACUGUGGAACGCCCGGAGCAAGCUGGAGAAGGUCCUGCUGCUGCUGCUGGCGUUCGCGAUCAUACUGAUCGUGGUGCUGAGUAGUCUGCUGGCGAACGAUAGUACGCGCAUUCUGCACGUGCGUCCCCACGUAGGUUCGGAUCCCUUCGGAGUGGACGAGCAGCUGCCCUGCCUCAAUCAGCACUGCAUCUUCGCGGCGAGCGAGAUACUGCACUCGAUCGACUGGACCGUCGACCCAUGCGACGAUUUCUACGCGUUUUCGUGCAACCAGUGGAUCCGCAACAAUCCCAUCCCGGAGGGUAAGUCGAUGUGGGGAUUGUUCGGGAAGCUGGAGCAACAGAAUCAACUGGUGCUGAAGAACGCUCUCGAACGGCCGCUCGCCGAGUUUAAAUCGAAGGCGGAGAAGAAGGCGAAACUGUACUACCAGUCGUGCCUGGACGAGGAUGAAACGAUGGAGAAGCUGGGCGCGGAACCGUUGCAGAAGCUGCUGCGUCAAAUCGGCGGCUGGAAUGUGACGGCCAAUGCGAGCGGGUUUGACGUGCAGCGGUGGUCGCUGCAGCGCACGCUUCAAACGCUGCAGAUACGCUACAACAUGGGCGGACUGUUCGGGUGGGCGGUCGGUGAAGAUGAUCGCAAUUCUAGCAAGCAUAUCAUUCAGAUCGAUCAAGGUGGGCUUACGCUGCCGUCGCGGGAUAACUAUCUAAACAAAACGGCGAACGCGAAGAUACUGACUGCCUAUCUGGAGUACAUGACCAAGGUGUCGGUGUUGCUCGGUGCGGACGAAACAGACGCCCGGCGCCAGAUGCUGGAGGUGAUUGAGUUUGAGACGCGGCUGGCUAACAUCACCACGCCGCAGGAUAUGCGGCGAGAUGAGGAGACCCUAUAUCACCCGAUGACGCUGGCAAUGCUGCAGGAAAAGGCCCCGUUCAUCAACUGGCAGGAGCAUUUCGAGGAAGCGUUCCGGUUGGUACGUCGCAAGAUUACCGAGAAGGAGCGCGUUGUGGUGUACGCUCCGGAGUACCUCGAGAAGCUGAACAUCUUGAUGAAGGAGUACACUGCUACGGACGAGAAGAAGAUCAUACUGAACAACUAUCUGGUGUGGCAGACUGUUCGCACGCUUACUGCCUGCUUAUCUAAAGCGUUCCGCGAUGCAUACAAGGGCCUGCGGAAGGCACUGAUGGGUUCGGACGGUGGCGAGGAACUGUGGAGAUACUGCGUGUCGGAUACGAGCAAUGUGCUCGGGUUCGCCGUUGGUGCCAUGUUUGUGCGCGAUGUGUUUCAUGGUGACUCGAAACCGCAAGCGGAAGACAUGAUCAAUCAGGUGCGGGAUGCGUUCAAGGAGAACUUCAAGAAUCUGGGCUGGAUGGAUGAGGAGACGCGUCGGCUAGCGGUGGACAAGGCGGAUGCGAUCAGCGAUAUGAUCGGGUUCCCCGAUUACAUCCUACACCCGGAGGAGUUGGACCGAAAGUAUCAGGAUUUGACCAUCGAUCCGAAGACUUACUUCGACAACAACAUCAACUACAAUAUCUACAGCUUGCGGAAGAACCUCGAAAAGCUGGACCAACCUGUUAACAAGACCAAGUGGGGCAUGACACCGCCGACCGUCAAUGCGUACUACACACCGACCAAGAACCAGAUCGUCUUUCCGGCCGGCAUACUGCAGAAUCCCUUCUUUGACAUCAAGAACUCCAAGAGCUUGAAUUACGGGGCGAUGGGUGUGGUGAUGGGACACGAGCUGACACACGCGUUCGACGACCAGGGCCGGGAGUACGAUAAGUACGGCAAUCUGCACCAGUGGUGGAACAAUCAGACGAUCGAACGGUUCAAAAAUCAGACGGAAUGCUUCAACCAGCAGUACGGUGCCUACCGCAUUAAUGGCAAAACCAUCAAUGGGAAGCAAACGAUGGGCGAGAACAUUGCGGACAAUGGUGGCCUAAAGGCGGCAUUCCACGCGUACAUUAACAACGAGAAGAACAGCUACACCGACACGGAUACGUUACCGUUGCCGGGUGUGAAUAUGACCCACCGGCAGCUGUUCUUCGUGUCGUUCGCGCAGGUCUGGUGCUCGGCAGUGACGGACGAGACGACCACGCUGCAGAUAGAGAAGGAUUCCCACUCACCGCCAAAGUAUCGCGUGAUAGGUCCGUUGUCGAACCUGAAGGAGUUCUCCGACACGUUCCACUGUCCGCUCGGUACGGGUAUGAACCCGAGGGAGAAGUGUGUGGUAUGGUAAAGUGGUCCGGUCUCUGAGGGGUUUAUUUAUUAUUCCACGUGGUGGUACAACAAAAUGGUUGCGCGUUUGGCAGCCAUCUUUACUUCUGUGCUUGAUUUACGCAUAAUUACGCGGGAGGUUCGAGAGUUCUGUAUUUUGUUUUGGAGGCUUUAACGACGAACUACUCCUGCUGUGUCUAGGUUAUGUGUGCAUCUCUGCCUCUGCCGAGAGCCCAGAGGUCCAGAUGAGAUUCGAUUCACGGUCUUUCGGUGUAUAAACCGAACGCCGUAGCACGAGUUACUGGUACCGCAACCACUCCAUCGAUGCCAAAUUAGAAAUGAAAAGAACACUACGUACGCACAGUAAAGCGCGACGCCUGCUAGGCAAUCUAUUUAGCAUUUGUGUGUAAGGUGUACUAAGUCAAAGACAGCAACCAAAAAUUAAGUAAGCAAACCAAAAAACUGGUCGGGUCAGCCGGGAUGCAGUAUAUCUAUUUUAUUAUCAACCUUUUCUACUAUAGCGCUGGUGAAUUUCGCAGCGAAAAGAAUCCCUGCGAAGUGGUGAGUGUUGAAGACAUUUUUCUUUUAUAAUUUUUUUCCAAUUAUUGUAUCGGGGCGUAAAAAAAUCAAACCAAACACUUAGAGUUAAUACCACGUUUAUAGUGCGCGAAACGUUCAUUAUUGUGAUUGUAUCUUAACCUGAGUAAGAAACAAAUUAAGUAAGGCCAACAAAUCGUCUACCAGUGUACGCGAGGGGACGGAAAUGUGUGGAAAAGAAGGAAAAAGAAGGCAGUAACACAGGGAAACGAUGAUGUGGUAAUUAAAUAUGACACUGCGGCUUGUGAUGAGUUGGGUAGUCUAAGGUCAUAGAAAGGGAAUGGAAAUUAAAAACAAAACCAAAAAAUCAUGCGAAUUCCUAUUAGCAAACAGACUAAAAAUGUACGUUUUGUGUGGGAAUCAUCAAAAUGAAAUAAAACUUAUCCUAGAUUGUACAACU